AUGAUGCUCCGUUCGAUACGAAGAUUGGCCACCAUGGCACCUGAGGCUAGCACCAUUGCUUCCGCCUCCGCAGCAUCAUCAUCAUCAUCAUCAUUACCAUUAACAACAACAACUACUACUACUACUACAACACCAAUCAAAUCAUCUUCCGAACCUUCGCUUCAUUUUGAACAACCACCAAGCUAUACAUUGGCGCAGCUUCGAGAUUUUCCAAGUCUUGCCCCUCAAUCUUUUAUCCCACUUCCUACCUGGUUCUUCCGUACUGAGCAGCCUACACGUCGAGAUCUUUUAUGGAAUGCUGUUGUUUACGAAGCAGAUGCUGACCGUGUUGGUUCCAAUUAUGUUACAUUAAAGAGUGACAAACCAUACUCUGGUCGCAAGUUGCGUCCUCAAAAGGGUACUGGGCGUGCUCGUUUGGGAACUGGUAACUCGCCACAUUUGGACAAUGAAGUUAAAGCACAUGCAAUCAAGGGACCACAUGACUGGAGCACGGAUUUGAACAAGAAGCAAUAUGACCAAGCCAUGCAAGUCGCAUUAACCUCGCAAUACAAGCAAGGAAACUUGUUUGUCACUCAGAAUGAAUGUCAAUUCAAACAAAGCAAUUUGGAAGUAGCACAAAGUUUUGUAUCAACACACAGGCUUGAACAAUUGUCGAUGCUAUUCAUUACAGAUGGAGAGAGGGAGAAUUUGUCACAAAGCAUGAGACAGUUUUUCAUUAGCGACAAAAAGUUAGAAAACUUGUCAAAGCCAGAGAAAAUAAAGGCAUUGAGGAAAUUAAAGGGCAGAGUGCUCUCCAAGGAAGAAGUGCAAGUGAGAGACAUCUUGAAAGCGAAUAGAGUCUUUGUGGAGAAGCCAGCAAUGGAAUGGCUUAUCGCCAAAUAUGAUGGUCAAUGA